UCCAGCAGCAGCAGCAGCAAUAUGGCGGGAGUGAAACGCCUUGACAUGCAGAAAUAUCGCUUAAAUUCACACUGGAUUUACCCUCUAUUACUGAUCCAGAUGUAUGGUGUUUUCGCACAGACUGACGGUAAUCAUGUGGCGACGGUGGCCGACGCGAACUGGACGCUCAUUCUACAGGGCGAGUGGAUGAUCAAAUUUUAUGCUCCAUGGUGUCCGGCGUGUCAACAUUUACAUGCAGACUGGGAGAAUCUAGGCAGACAAAGUGAAAGUCUGGGCAUAUCAGUGGGCAGGGUCGAUGUAACACAACAACCAGGUUUGAGUGGGAGGUUUCUGGUUACAAUACUGCCCACUAUUUUUCAUGCUAAAGACGGACAUUUCCGGAAAUAUGUAUCAGCACGGAAUAUUGAGGAUAUUCAAGCAUAUGUUGUGGAGAGGAAGUGGGCGGCAGUUGAACCUGUACCAGGAUGGAAAUCACCGUCCUCUCUGCUGAUGUCAGGAAUGGCUACUCUGUUUCGGCUGUCUGUGUGGAUCAGACAAAUCCACACUUACCUGACUAAUACACUGGGCAUUCCCUCAUGGGGCUCUUACGUGAUAUUUGCCAUCAUUACACUCUUUAUGGGACUAGUGCUCGGCCUGAUGCUGGUGUUGAUUGCGGACUGCAUUUGGCCAUCCAGACCAAAGCGUAAAGAAAACGUAACAGUUUUGACUGUAAAAGAGGACGUCUCGGAGGACGAGGUGGAAGACAUAUUCACAGAGGACAAACGCACAUCUGACCCGGACAACGAGAGUGAGAGAGUGUCGGAAGAAGAGUCGACAGAAGAGGAUGCUCCAAUCACAAACACCGCCGCCAGUUGCAGUGACCCGAGUUCACCAGAGGGGGCAGCAGAGAGCUCAGUGAGACAACGCAAACCGCAGGGUCCGAACACUUCAGAGGGCACUUAAUGCGUGAUUGCUUUUAGUGCCGUUGCCACCAAAACAAGAAAAUGCCAUAUCUGUAGGAUAUGCAAAAGCGACACCAGCUAGCAACAGAUUUCUGUAACGUACUGCACGUGCAGAACGCAGUUUGCUCAUUUGAUGCUUCUAGCUGCGGUUAAAUUGAUUUAUGAACACAAGUUGCUUACAUUUAUUGCUAAAGGUCUGAUGCCAAACAUUUACAGACCUACUCUUAAUGUUUUAUGGUUUUAUAUUUAGUAUAUACACCAAAUGUUAUACGUAUGAGCAUAAACACGAUUCGAAUGCUUGUUUACAAUGUGUUUGGAUGACUUCCUUCUGUAAAGAACACGUCAGGGUCACUUUUCACAGCAAAAAAUAUAAACAAAAAUAAGAAAUAAUAUUGUCAUUAUUUGAAUGAAAGUUAAGCACAUUUACGUGGUGUUUUCAUUACUGUAAUGAAAUGGAAAAACAUGUAAAUUAUUAUCAUAUUUAAUGUCAUUUAUUUUAUAAUUAUGAAGUAUUUGUACAUGUACAGUCUUUAAAUAAUGCUGAUUUUAAUUAAUGUAUUUCUUUUUUAUUUUUUUUUAUGAAAAAGCCAACAUUUUUAAGACACAAAAUGUACUAUAUUCUAGUAAUCAAAGUCAUGAUUAAAAAUAAUAAUUAUGAAAAAAUCCAAACAUUUUAUUAACUGGAUGCAUUACAGUAAAGAGCAAGAAUUGUGGGUGAAAAUGUGCUUAAUUAUCAUGAAAAUAAUGGCAAAUAUAAUGGUAAUGGCCUAAAAUAGGCUUCAUUUUCUUUAUGAAAGUUAAAAUAUCUUUUAAAACUUUUUGGCUAGAAAUAAGACCCGGACAAGU